AUGUCUUUUGACCCUUCCUUAUAUCUUCUGCAAGCGGAGGCAUAUACACAGGGACCAAUACAGUUUCAUAUUGUAGGUUUAACAGAUGUUUCUCACUCAAAACUUUCUCAAUUGGAUCGAUGGAAAGAAUAUGAAGAUCCUAAUAAAGUGUCUGUAGAUCGCGUUAACAAUAGAGGAACAAGAAAUCAGAUUAUCAGAGAAGUUAAUAUGGAUGGUGAUAACGAGAAUCAACCUCCAGCGUUUACAGGUCAAGCAAGGUUCAAACUUACUUUAAGGGACCAACAAAAUAAUUAUUGUUUUGCAUAUGAGUAUAAUGACAAGCUUUCAUUUCUAAGACAAGGCACUACAACUACACCAUUGCCUAUCCCAUUAGGUUCAAGGAUCCUUGUAAAUAAGGGAACUUUAAUAUUGAACGGGGUUCUCAUGCUAAAUCGUGCACAAUGUCUGUAUUUGGGUGUAUUGGAGGAAGAUAAUCAAUUAUCAGCCCAACUAAACAACGGCAUCGUCAAGAAAUACAUUACUUAUCUAACUGAGGACUUGAAAAAUAGUAAGUGA